UGACAAUACUUUCAUUCUGCAAGACGAUACUAUCAACGAUGGCUUCCUGAAUAGGGAUGGUCUCCAUCUCAACCCAGCUGGCACUAACCGUCUGGUGCAUAAUAUGGGACUUACAAAAUCGCUUAAGAGUGUCACAAAGCCCUUCAAUCAGUAUAAGAAAUCCAAAAUCCCUAAUCCCACUCCGAGACCUAAUAGCAAUUCCAAUUCCAACAGCAGUAAGCCAACAUCAUAUGCCAAUGCAGUAAAGUCCCCUAGACCAAACCUUAAGCCAGUUUGCUUCAAAUGCGGGGAAGCUUCUCAUUUAGCCAGUACAUGCUGGCACCCCAGCCCUGUCAGGUGUUAUUUUUGUAAAAAUUUGGGCCACAAGACAGCAAAGUGCCCCAACAAGGACCAUCAACUAAUUGAAACAUCCAAUAGAUAUUAGGUCCUUGGUGAGGUCAGCGCCUUACCCCCGAAUACAAUUCUAAAUGACAUCAUCCCCAAUACCCCCCAGCCAGGUAGAACUAAGCCUAAACACCGUAGAUCUAGAAAACAUAAGGUUAAACCAGCCAAAACCUUCAGAAU